AUGAGUAAGCGAAAAUUAGUGUGUGAUGACGAUGAAGACGAAGAGAUUGAAGAAUUCAAGGCUUCGGUUGUGAAUCAAAUCAUAGAAGUGAGUGAUGAGGAUAGUUUGGAUAGUCCAUUGAAGACUAUUACCACUCCGAUUAAUCCUCCUAAAAAACCUAAAAUUCAAUCAACCUUGGUAGAAAACAAAUCAACUCCAACAAGUAAGAAUCAUCAAGCAACAACAACAACUCCAAAGAAGGAUCUUAAAUUGUCAAAGAAGGGAGAAUCUAGUAAUAGUAAAACAGCAUCAACACCAAAAACUCCAACUACUCUCAAUGUAAAUACAAACAAAUCAAGCCUAGGAAGUACUAGUAACAAUUCAUCAUCGAAAAAACAAACUCUCUCACCAGAAGAAUCAAAGAGCAACAAGGCAACUACUCUCGGAGAUAUACUGGGACCAGAAACUAAGAAGGAAAAGAAGAAUGCAAAGAGUAGAUUUUGGAAUAUUGCAAAUUGCCAACCUGUAAAUUAUAAGGAUAUCGAAGAUUGGGAGGAUUUUGUGGAUACUGCAGAGGAGAAAUAUCUCGGACCAAAUAGAAAUAAUAUUAAUGUUUAUAUUAGAGAGGAGGAAGUGAAUGUGAUUUAUCGGUGGAUUGAAUCUUUUAAAUCUGCAAAAUCUACAUUGGCUGCUAGAGUUGCAAGAAAUGUAAAGGAACGAAAUGACAAUAGUUUUGAUGAAAGAGUUGAGGAAGAGAAUUGGAAGAAAUUGAAUACUCUCACUGCUCGAUUGAAAAAUCUCUUAAUGAAUCACGAAAAUUUAACAACAGAAGAUUUGGGCAAAAUGAAAGAAUGUAGUCAAGUUCGAAAGAAACGUAUCGAGGAAGAGAAGAGAGAAAAUGAACAAUCAGAGAGGGAACAUCAGGCACUCAAGAAUCAAUCAGAUAUUGCCCAGAUUAAAUACUUUGUUUUUAGAGAUGGUCCAGUGCGUGGCCAAAAAGAAUACUUUGAAUGGAAAUCCCUCAUCAAUAUGAAGAAUCUCUUCUCUGGAGCUGCAGCUGCUGCACAAAACAACCAACAACCCUCCUUUGAAGACUCUGAUGAUGAAUUACUGAAUGGUGAUAUAUUCUAA